UGCCCCUGUAAAUUGUCAAAAACCCUUGGAUUCAAAACCUCCGGUAUCGAUUUACUAAUGGCGUUUUUGCCUUUCCACCAUUGAUUCGUCAUCCCAACAUCAUAAUUCUACAUUUUAUUUAUGGAAAAUUCACCACCGCCACCGCCGCCGUUGUAACUAAUCAUUGCCGAUGGAGCCUCGCCGACCGUCCCGGGUGAUCGAUCCCAAAGUCAGGAAGGUCGGCUUCUUCACUCCUGGUCCACCUCCAGAUCGCACCAGGUCGGGGCCGGCUGCUACCACCCCCACUCGCAAUCAGUCUCCAGUCUCCAAUUCCCUUUCUCCCGUCAUGAUACCCCCGGCUCGCCAUGCGUCUGAUAACUUGUCUCGUGCGGUUGGCAUGCCUGUUCCGGUGGCUUCUCAAUUGCAUGCGCAUCCGCCGGCGGAUAGCUUGCAAGUCGGGAGCUAUACACCGUCUGAUUCCGUUAUCAGCGCAUCUCCGACUCGAUCGCCGUCGAGCCGGAUUGGCCUCGAUGGAGAGUUCUCUGAGGAUUCUAUUAAUUGGAUGAAGCGGAGCAAUUCCGGAAGAAUCUCGGCUGCUCGUCCUACAGGAGGCCCUGAUUUGAAACAAUCAGUCGAAGCAUUGAUUAAUGAAAGUGGGGGAGAUCUUGUUCUUAAAGAGCCACUGCAAAAGAAUUCAAAGCCACUAAAAGCAAAAACAACAAAGGCUGAGAUGCGUGCUUUGCAGGAGACGCAACGAGCUGCAAAAGCUACUGCCAAAGUGGCUGAAGGCAAUAAGCCUGGCACUACUUCAGGCAUGUCAGCUCCUGCACAAACAAGUAAACCAGUAAACAAGCCUAAUCAGAAGAAAGAUGGUCCUCCGAUGGUUUCUUCGACUAUAGUUCCUGAGAGGAAAGGUGGUGACAAACCACCAGAGAAAGAUAGAAAGAAAGAUAUGCCUCCUCCACGCAUGCAGUUUGAUGACAAGAGCCGUGUUGAAAAAGCUAAAAAGCGAUCAGUGACUAAACAGACAGAAGCUAGAAAUAGAGUUGAACUGUUCAGGCAUUUACCUCAAUAUGAACGUGGAAAUCAGCUUUCUGAUCUUGAGUCAAAGUUUUUCCAACUUGAUCAUGUGCAUCCUGCUGUUUACAAGGUUGGUUUACAAUUUCUUGCUGGGGAUAUAAUGUGGAGCAAUACCCGUUGUAUUGCAAUGCUUCAAGCAUUUCAGAAAGUCAUCGAAGACUACUCAACACCAUCCGAGAAAACCCUUGCUAGAGAUUUAACUUCAAAGAUCAACAGCUCUGUCUCGUUUCUGAUAGAAUGCAGACCCCUUUCAAUUAGUAUGGGAAAUGCAAUUCGUUUUCUAAAAUCCCGUAUUGCAAAGAUCACAUUGGCUCAAACUGAGUCAGAAGCAAAAACCUUUUUGUGUUCAGACAUUGAUCGUUACAUAAACGAGAAGAUAGUACUUGCAGACAAGGUAAUAGUCAGACACGCAGUUACAAAAAUCCGCGAUGGAGAUGUUCUUCUCACAUAUGGUUCAUCAUCUCUCGUCGAAAUGAUUCUAUUGCAUGCUCAUGAACUUAGGAGGCAAUUCCGAGUUGUAGUUGUCGACUCACGCCCGAAUCUUGAAGGUCAACAACUACUUCGUAGGUUGGUUGAAAAGGGUUUCAGUUGUACAUAUACCCAUAUAAAUGCGGUUUCCUAUAUCAUGCAUGAAGUUACAAGAAUCUUUCUGGGGGCUGCUUCUGUAUUGUCUAAUGGAACAGUAUAUUCAACAGUUGGAACUGCCUGUAUUGCUAUGGUUGCUCAUGCCCACCAUGUCCCAGUUUUGAUUUGUUGCGAGUCAUACAAGUUCCAUGAAAGGGUACAACUUGAUUCAAUCUGUUCAAAUGAGCUGGGCAAUCCUGAUGCCAUAGCCAAGGUUCCUGGAAGAACGAAUAAUUGUUUGGAUGAUUGGGCUGGCAAAGAAAAUCUUCAACUUUUGAAUUUGGCUUAUGAUGUGACUCCGUCGGAUUAUGUCUCAAUGAUAGUCACUGAGCAUGGCAUGAUCCCGCCGACAAGCGUGCCUGUGAUUGUUCGGGAGUAUGGGCGAGAGCACCUACUAAUAUAGACCGGCGAACGCAACAUUGUUCAUGAACGGAUUUUUGCCGAUUGUUCAAAAUAAGGGUUUGUUUGUGCCAUAUUCUGAUUUGCUGGUGGAUUAUAAUCAGGCUUUUGAAACUUGGUUUUUUUUCUUUGGCUGUGGGAAAAGGAGCAUAUAGGCAGGGGAAAAUAUAGGAUAUAGAAUAUAGGUAUUUUAUAUUAACUCUAUUAUUACUAUGAAUAUUGUAUCUUGUUAAGUUUUGGUCACAUUUUCUAUGAAUACUUUUACAAAUUUAAUGAUGACGACAUGUCAUCCUUAACAGGUCAACCAAAUCCUUCCAUGAAA